AUGGACCAAAAGGACAACGCAAAUCCCAUCGUCUAUCAGUCAGGCUCCAGCUCGACUCAACGACGUGCUCCCUCCAGCGCCAACUCGGAAUGGUGGCGUGACCAUUCGAUUCACUCUUCCGUACAGUCCGUCGGUAAGGCACCUUCGGGAAACGGCAUCGCCACCAUCGGCUCUUGUACAAGUGCCAUCUCUAGCUCCAACCUCGCUGCAUCCUUCGCAAGAGCUACACGAUCUACCAUCGACCACGACGACGAGGAGGAAGAAGAGCAGGAUGAACACCAUGUAGAUAUGCUAGCCUCCUCUUCUUCACCCUCUCCACCCACUUUGCCCGACACCGAACUCUCCUCCUACCGCGGGAAAGUAGACCUCCCCACCUCUACCCUGGAGGAAAGCAUCGACAAUCAAGAAAUCUACGACCUCAUCCGAUCCAUCACUGACCCAGAGCAUCCUCUCACCCUUGAACAACUGGCCGUAGUCAACGCAAACCACAUCACCGUCUCGCAUGGCGAUCAAGCGAGGAACAAGCUCCCGCACGUUCUGCUCGAGUUCACACCUACGAUCCCACACUGCAGUAUGGCGACGCUCAUCGGUCUUUCUCUUCGCGUACGUCUGCUUCGCGCACUGCCAGAUCGAUUCAAAGUCGACAUUCGCGUGCGUGCCGGAACACACCAGUCAGAGAAUGCAGUCAACAAACAGCUCAACGAUAAGGAAAGAGUAGCAGCAGCAUUGGAGAACUCGCAUCUCUUCAACGUCGUACAGGCAUGUCUGGCGAGUGCGGCUAGGAGAGGGAAGAGCGCAGAUGAAAUUGCUGGCUACCUCAAUGCUCCACCGACGCCUGAUGGUGUUAGUGAUCAGGAUCAUCAGAACAUCUGCAAGACUGUCGAUGAGAUCACGACUCGCAUGGGUAUUGCUGUCUAA